UAUUUGUGUGCACGUGUUGCGUACCUACUUCUUACUAAAGUACUCUAUAGGCAUUGUGGGUACAUACAUCCAAACAUCCAAAAUGGCGGACGAAAAGUUUGAGCCUGUGAUGAAAGUGACUGCUAAAGAGAUGGCGGAUGCGAAGCUUCCUUUGGCCGCGAGAGAUUACUGCGCCCACUUACUCAUUCCUCUUCUAAAGUGCAGAAAAGAUACUUAUUAUGUACCAUGGAAGUGUCAUCAUGAGAAGCAUGCCUGGGAUAGGUGCCAGUACGAUGACUAUAUGUACAGAGUGAGAGAAAAGGAACGCAGAAAGCUUCAGCAGCCGGCAGAGUGAAUCUUUACCCACUCUCUGUUACCAGUCUGUGUAACCUCCUGAGCCUUCUUGUGAUGACUAAUAGAACUUUUGUAUCAUAACAAUGCUUGAAUUUUCAGAACCUCUGGUGUAAAUUGUUAUAAGGGAAUUAAAAGUAACCAUGUUUUCCAAACAA